UCUCUCUGACUCUCCUGUCCAUGCCCAGAAAUACCUUCCUUGGAGGAGGUCAGCAACUUACGCCUGUGCGUUCAGCAAGUCUUGGAAAACGUGGAAUCUUCUCUAAAAGAGGGCAGAGGAACAUCAGAAGUUCGCCGCUCCUGGAGAAGAUGAUGAUGGAGGUUAAAUUGAUCCCUUGCUGCGUCUCAUUUAUCCUGAUGGCUGUGACCAUAAAGGCUCAAGUCAAUCCAGAGAUGUGUCGCUAUCCUCUGGGCAUGACUGGAGGGCAGAUCCAGGACGAGCACAUCUCUGCUUCCAGCCAGUGGUCAGAGUCUACUGCUGCACGAUUUGGAAGACUCGACUCUGACACCGGCGACGGCGAUGGGGCCUGGUGUCCUGACAUCAUGUCAGAGCCAGAUGGCUUCAAAGAGUACCUCCAGGUAGAUCUGCGUACGCUGCACUUCAUCACCCUUGUGGGCUCCCAGGGUCGCCAUGCAGACGGCAUGGGGAACGAGUUCGCUAAGAGAUACAGAAUAAAGUACAGCCGGGACGGCAGCAGCUGGGUGGUGUGGCGUGAUAGGAUGGGGAAUCAGGUCAUCGAGGGCAACGAGAACACAUAUGAUGUGGUCCUGAAGGAUCUGGAACCGCCCAUCAUAGCUCGCUUUGUCCGCUUCAUGCCCAUCACCGAUCCUUCCAUGAUAGUCUGCAUGAGAGUGGAGCUCUAUGGCUGUGAAUGGCUUGAUGGCUUGGUGUCUUACAGCAUUCCUGAUGGACACCAAAUGAUCUACAAACACCUGGAGGUCUCCUUUAAUGACUCUUUGUAUGAUGGAGCAAACGCUCAAAGACUAACCAAGGGCUUGGGCCAGCUGACAGAUGGCACCUGGGGUUUGGAUGAUUUUCUGCACAGCCAUGUCCCCGGAGUGUGGCCUGGGUACGACUACGUGGGCUGGAGCAACAAGACUUUCCCUAAAGGUUACGUAGAGAUGAUCUUUGACUUUGACCACAUCCGCAACUUCACAUCCAUGAAGGUUCACUGCAGCAACAUGUUCAGCCGUGGAGUGAGGCAGUUCAGACAGGCUACCUGUUACUUCCGCUCCGAAACAGAAUGGGAGUCUGACCCUGUGACCUUUAGGCCCGCUGUCAAGCCUGUGGGCCAAAGCGCCCGAUUUCUCACUGUGCCCCUUGGGGACCGAACGGCUAGGAGCAUCAAAUGCCGUUUUCACUUCAGCGACCAGUGGAUGUUGUUCAGUGAGGUGGCCUUCCAAUCAGGCUCUGCAGUGUACAACACCUCACUGGGUCGUCAAAAGGGAGAGCAGUCCAAACAGGGACCUUUAGGGGAUGACCCCACUCACAAAGUGGACGACAGCAACACAAAGAUCCUUAUUGGCUGCCUGGUGGCCAUUAUAGUCAUCCUUUUCACCAUCAUAGUCAUCAUUCUAUGGAGGCAGGUCUGGCAGAAGAUGCUUGAGAAGGCUUCCCGUCGCUGGUUGGACGAUGAGCUAACAGCUCGCCUUGCUGUCCAGACCCAAGCCUUCUCCCUCCUUCACUCCUCUCUAUCCAGUGAGGAUGGUUCCACCGCCACCUACGAGAGAAUCUACCCUCCAUGCGCAGACUACCAGGAGCCGUCACGCCUCAUCCGCAAACUGCCUGAAUUUGCGGAGUGCUCAGAACACCUUGAGUCAGGGGCCUCUGGUAGAGCAGUUGUUGGUUCUGAUGGCGCUCCACACUAUGCAGAAGCAGAUAUAAUCAGUCUGCAGGAGUCCUCUGACAGCAGCUCCAUCAGAAGUGUCAAUAUGAACCUGUUUGCUGGAUCAGACGCAAUCCUGAGGGAGUUCCCUAGGGAGAAGCUAACCUUUAAGGAGAAACUGGGAGAGGGUCAGUUUGGGGAGGUGCACCUAUGUGAGGCAGAUGGUAUACAGGACUUUUUAGAUGAGGAUUUAACAGUGGAAAGUAACAGUGAAUUACCUCUGCUUGUUGCGGUGAAGAAGCUACGGGAAGAUGCAAAUAAAAACGCCAGGAACGACUUCCUGAAGGAGAUCCGAAUCAUGUCUCGUCUGAGGGACCCCAACAUUGUACGCCUGCUGGCUGUGUGUGUGGAUACGGACCCUCUGUGUAUGAUCACAGAGUAUAUGGAGAAUGGGGACUUAAACCAGUUCCUCUGUGGUCUCAGACUAAAGGCCCUGAAUGACGAUAGGGAAGACCAGGAGGAAGGGAACAGUGGAGUCAGCUACAUCAAACUAUUAGGCAUGGCGUUGCAGAUUGCAUCUGGUAUGAAGUACCUGUCCUCCCUCAACUUUGUACACCGGGAUCUGGCAACUCGCAACUGCCUGGUAGGGAGAAACAGCACCAUCAAGAUUGCAGAUUUCGGCAUGAGCAGGAACCUCUACAGAGGAGACUACUUCCGCAUUCAAGGCCGAGCCGUCCUGCCAAUUCGCUGGAUGUCGUGGGAGAGCAUCUUGUUGGGUAAGUUCACCAUGGCCAGUGAUGUUUGGGCCUUCGGGGUGACCUUGUGGGAAAUAUUGACGCUUUGCAAGGAGCAGCCUUACUCCCAUCUCUCUGACGAGCAAGUGAUCGAAAACACAGGCGAGUUCUUCAGGAACCAGGGCAAGCAGGUAUACCUACCAAAACCGCAGUGUUGUCCUGACAGACUCUACAAUGACCUCAUGCUGAGCUGCUGGAGGAGAAACGCUAAAGAAAGACCCAGCUUCCAGGAGAUACACACCCAGCUGAUGGAGGGAAUGGCAUAG